ACGAAUUAGAAUCCUCGAGAAACGCUCUUCGUAAUUCAACUAGACUCUAAUAAUAAUUGCAUAUUAUAACAGACUCAAUGGUAGCAGUGCCAUCUACUAUGGCUGCGAAUACAAUUCAAAUCCUUGCUUUGAUCUUUGCAAAGCCAUAAUUUAAAUUUUAAUGCAAAUAUCAUUUUAUAUAAUAUUUUUAUUAUAUUAAGCAAAUUAAAUAUUAAAUAUAUUAAUUAUUGAAAUAGACUUUAAAUUACAAUAAUGCCUGUAUUUCAAGAAUCUUGCGCUGAACAAAUACAAGCACAAACUAUUAUUAUAAUACAUCCUGGUUCUAUGUAUCUUCGUAUGGGUCGUGCUUCUGAUUUAAAUCCUUGCACAUUAUUAAAUGCUGUUGCUAGAAGACGAUUAUCAGGAGGAAUUGAAUAUAAAGAUGGUUUUUUACCAGUUGUUAUCCCUCGAACAAAGGAAUUAACACAAGCAAUGGAAGAGUCACGUCUUCAGGUUUCUCAUACAUUGCAGUCUUGUUUACAAUCAGAUGGUAGAAGAAGAUAUGCUACACCUCCACAACAAAUAGCAGCUUUUAAUCGUAGAUCUAAUCCAGAAAUACUGUCCCCAUCCAGAGCAGAAUGGGUAAAAAUGGAUAAAGAUAUCAUUGUGGGAGAUGAUAUACUUUCUUUAAAUCCAGAAGAUAAUUUCAAUAUACAUUUUCCAUAUAAAAGAGGUGAACUCAAUAUUCAUUCUGGUCCUGGUGGAAGUUUAAAAGCAGUUAUGGCAGAUUUAAAAACAAUCUGGGAAUAUGUACUUACUGAAAAAAUGGAUAUACCUCUGAGAGAUUUAAAACAUUAUCGAGCAGUACUUGUAAUACCAGAUAUUUACAACAGACAUUAUUUAAGAGAAUUAACUACAUUAAUGCUUUGUGAAAUUGGUUUUGGAGGCUGCUUUCUUUUACAAGAUCAUGUAGCAGCUACAUUUGGAGCAGGUUUAGGCUAUGCCUGUGUUGUAGAUGUUGGUGAUCAAAAAACGUCUGUUUCUUGUGUUGAAGAUGGAAUUUCUCAUAGAAACACACGUGUACGUAUGGAUUAUGGUGGUGGAGAUAUAACUCUGACUUUUCUUUGGCUACUUCAAAAGUGUGCAUUUCCAUACAAGACUUGUGAUCCAUCUGAUAAAUUGGAUGCAUUACUCUUAAAUCAAUUGAAAAAAGAUUUUUGCCAUGUUGACUUAAAUGUUUGUGGAUCUCAAGAAAAAACAUUUAUUGUCAGAAAACCUAAAAAGCAAACAGAAAAAUAUACGUUGCAAGUUGGAGAUGAAUGUUUAGUGGCACCUCUAAGUUUAUUUCAACCAGAAUUGUUUAAAGUUACAGGCACGCAUAAUGUACAUAUUCAAAAACGAUCCAUGGGUGAUCCAGAAGAUCCGCAUGAUGAAAAUUAUUUGCGAGAAACUAGUAGGAGGGGUAUGAAAGAAAAUUUAGAGCAAGCAUUAGAGAUGCAAGAAGAAGUGGUUGCACCAACUGCAGCAGGUGAAGAAGAAGUUGUUGUAGAUGCUGUAGAUUCUGCUCCAAUUGCUUUAUCUAAUAGAGAUCUUGAUGCUCCAAGAGAUUUUGUGGUAGGCCCACAACAACUUCUUGGACUCGACCAUGCUAUAUUGCAAAGCAUUGAUCGUUGUCCUACAGAAGAUUUAAAAAGAAAAAUGUAUAGCUGCAUUCUUGUUGUUGGAUCUGGAAUGAAAUUUCAAGGAAUUGGCAUGUGGCUUCAUAAUCGUAUAUCUCUUCAAAUUCCUUAUAUGUAUAGAGCUGAGCAAUUAGAUAUUAUUACACAACCAAAAGAAAUGGAUCCAGGUAUGACUGCAUGGAAAGGUGCUGCAAUUUUAAGUUGUUUGGAAUCUGCACAGGAAUUAUGGAUUGGCAGACAAGAAUGGGAACGUAUUGGAGUCAGAAUAUUAAGAGAAAGAGCUCCUUUUAUGUGGUAGAUUAAUGUUAGAUUUGUAAUUGUAUUUAGAUUUUUUUUUAUCGUAGUAUAUUUAUUUUGUUUUGUAUUUAUUUAGCAUUUGAUAUCUCUCUGAUAAUAUUAAAUGUAAAAAAAUAGUUUAGAUUAAGAUAUUAUGUCAUAUUGUAUAAAAAGUAAUACAUAAAUGAAUUAAUUGUUUCAUAGUAA